UCGCCGCGGGCGUGGGGCGAGGCUGCGUCGCUCGGUGUCGUGGUCGGCGGUCCGCGCAAGGAUGAGAGCGCAGAGGACGCAGGGCCGCUGGAGGCGCAGAGGCCGCCAGCUCCUUUCCUGAGCCGCCCGAGCUCCCGGCCCCGGAGACCAUGAGGUUCCGCAUCUACAAACGAAAGGUGCUAAUCCUGACGCUCGUCGUGGCAGCCUGCGGCUUCGUCCUCUGGAGCAGCAAUGGGCGACAAAGGAAGAACGAGGCCCUCGCCCCGCCGCUGCUGGACGCCGAGCCCGCGCGGGCUGCGGGCCAUCCCGCCGCGUCGGUGGGCAUCCGCAGGCUCUCCAACGAAUCGGCGGCUCCUCUGGUCCCCGCGGCCCCGCAACCUCAGGCGGACAACCUGACGCUGCGGUACCGCUCUCUGGUGUACCAGCUGAACUUUGAUCAGACGCUAAGGAAUGUAGACGGCACCUGGGCCCCCCGGGAUCUGGUGCUGGUGGUCCAGGUGCACAACCGUCCCGAAUACCUCAGACUACUGCUGAACUCGCUUCGUAAAGCCCAGGGCAUUAACGAAGUCCUCGUCAUCUUUAGCCAUGACUUCUGGUCGAUAGAGAUCAAUCAGCUGGUCGCUGGGGUGGAUUUCUGUCCGGUUCUGCAGGUGUUCUUUCCGUUCAGUAUUCAGUUGUACCCCAGCGAGUUCCCUGGUAAUGACCCUAGAGACUGCCCCAGAGACCUGAAGAAGAAUGCAGCCUUGAAACUGGGGUGCAUCAAUGCCGAGUAUCCUGAUUCCUUCGGCCAUUACAGAGAGGCCAAAUUCUCCCAAACCAAACAUCACUGGUGGUGGAAGCUGCAUUUUGUGUGGGAGAGAGUAAAAGUUCUUCAAGAUUAUACUGGCCUUAUACUUUUUCUGGAAGAGGAUCAUUACUUAGCCCCAGACUUCUACCAUGUCUUCAAAAAGAUGUGGAAAUUGAAGCAACAGGAGUGUCCUGGAUGUGAUGUUCUCUCACUAGGGACCUACACUGCCAGUCGAAGUUUCUAUGGCAUUGCUGACAAGGUAGAUGUGAAAACUUGGAAAUCCACAGAGCACAAUAUGGGUUUAGCCUUGACUCGAGAUACCUAUCAGAAACUAAUAGAGUGCACAGACACUUUCUGUACGUAUGAUGAUUAUAACUGGGACUGGACUCUUCAAUAUUUGACUGUAUCUUGUCUUCCUAAAUUCUGGAAAGUGCUGGUUCCUCAGGCUCCUAGGAUUUUUCAUGCUGGAGACUGUGGUAUGCAUCACAAGAAAACAUGUAGGCCAUCUACUCAGAGUGCCCAAAUUGAGUCACUCUUAAAUAAUAACAAACAGUACAUGUUUCCAGAAACUCUAUUUAUCAGUGAGAAGUUUAUUGUGGCAGCCAUUUCCCCGCCUAGGAAAAAUGGAGGGUGGGGAGAUAUUAGGGACCAUGAACUCUGUAAAAGCUAUAGAAGACUGCAGUGAAAAAAACAAAUCCCAAUUAUAAAAGCGAACGUGACAGUCUUCUAUUUUUGAUAUUUCCUCAACAGGAUAUACAAUUGAAUAAAGAGUAUAGGAACUGGUUUCUGCUUUAAUACAAUUUUUUUUCCUCUUGUAAAAGGUGUCCAAAUAUAUAGUAAUCUUUUUCAGGUAUGACUAAUAAGAUUGAAAUUUAAAUUUUCAUUUUGGGAGUUAGGUUUUAAAGCUCAGUCUGUAUCUGCUAAAGAUUAUAAUUAAUUGAUACCAAAAAAGGAGAAAUUUUAUUUAAAUUGCAUCUCUCAAUCUUUUUAUCUGAAACUUUGUACACUUUUCCACUUUCAAAACUUAUUUUGAGCACAGCAAAAUUUAUUUGAAAUUAUCAUAGCAGUAAAAAAGUAUUACAAUGAAAUCAUUAGAGUAUUAAUGAAAGAAGCCCACUUUCAGUCUUAACACAGUUGUUAGGAAGGGAUUGUUUCACUGGUUUAAUAAUUCAAAAGUUAUGUUUGUUAAAUACCCUGUCAAAACAGUCAUUUUCAGUAUUUCAGAUUCCUGUACUAUUGUGUUAAGAUUUGCCUGUGCUUUGGAACCUUCAUAUAACAAACUAUUUGGGAAUGUAUUUGAUAAGAAAAUUUAAACAUUGUUUCACCUCAAUGUAGAAAUACAGUGGUUUUGAUUUUUUUCCUUUUAGUGCUGCCAAAAUAAAUUACUCAUUUUUGCAUAAACAAGGUUCCUAAUUAUUUUGCAGAAAUGUUUUGUUUACACCAAUAAAGGCAGUCUAGAAGCUUUAAA